AUGGAAUCCCAGGACGUGCCUAGACACAUUCAAAAGCAGAGAGAAGAGGCGGCCGCUGCAGGUCAUAGCCCACAAACACCCAAUGCACUGUCCAAUGGUUACUUUGAGCGGCCGGCUGUCAUGUCUGAGAUGGACGAGGAGGUGUGGUCACAGUCGGAAACAACACCAGUAGUCCAACACUUUCCGAAACCCAGCCUACACAGCAACACUUCUGGAGACUGGACAGCCCUGCAGCCCAGUGCCCCUUUCGAUCCACCGGUCAGUCACAUGAUGAUCGACCCCUUACUCCUAGGCUCUGGGGCAGCCUAUCCUUCCAUGCAUGACGACAUGCCUCGCAAUGAGGCGCUCAUGUACGCCAUGAAUGGCAUGCAUCUCAUUCCUGGGCCCAAUGGUGCGCCCGUGUCCAUAUCACCCGAAUAUGCAAACCUAGGAUAUUCGAUGCAGUACCAGGCUGCACGACAGUCAUCGCCACAUAGCUACGGAUCCGCCGACACUGGAUCGCCCCAUUCAGGAGUCAGCGUCAGCUCGUCACAGAAUGGCGCGAGUCUGCCGACGUGCAGGUAUCCGGCACUGAGGCCUUUACUUCCACACUUGGGUUCCAUCAUGAGCGUCUCGGCAGCCUGUGAUCUUCUCGAAUUCUACUUUCAGAGCUCGUCGUCGGUCUUCAUGGAGCCUGUAUCGCCAUACAUUUUGGGCUCCGUGUUCAGGAAGCGGUCGUUUCUUCGCCAACAGAAGCCCAGACGGUGUAGCCCUGCUCUGCUAGCGAGCAUACUUUGGGUGGCAGUACAAACGAGCGAAGCCAGCUACCUUACUUCUUCACCCUCCGCGCGCACAAUCGUCAGCGAAAAGUUGUGGCGAUUGACAGUUGAUUUGCUGAAGCCAUUGGUCCAUUCGCCAUCGUCACACGCAUUUGCCGCAGGUCCGGGCUUUGCAUCUGCUGCGCACGAUGCUUUCGGUGUUGAUCGAGCAAUGGGUCGAUACGAUGGUCGGCCCGAUGGCGCCAUGCCACCCACCAGUACCCUAGAUGAUGUCGCUACGUACAUCAACCUAGGCGUAGUCACAUCGGCCAGCGAGUACAAGGCGGCAUCUCUGCGAUGGUGGAAUGCGGCUUGGUCAUUAGCAAGAGAGCUCAAGUUGGGUCGAGAGCUUCCCAAGAUGCCUUUAAAAGACGCAGAUGGUCCCUCAGCAACGGCAGAAAAUGGAGACCUGGAUGUCAGUUUGUCCGAUUGCUCCCGGUCCGGUAUUCAUGCGCCAAUGGGAACUCAGGCGGCAGCACUUUUGGAGGAGAUGAAAGAGGAACGCCGUCGACUUUGGUGGCUCCUGUACAUGGUUGAUCGACACCUGGGAUUGUGCUACAACCGACCCUUGGCAAUGCUUGACAGCGAGUGUGAAGACUUGUUCCAGCCGGUGCCCGACACUCUCUGGCAGGCCGGCGAGUUUUACGCUGGCCACACGGGACCACGACGCAGAGGCCUCAAUUUCCAGUGUACCUCGCACGAUGUUUUCGGCUUCUUCCUGCCGCUCAUGACGAUCCUCGGCGAUAUUGUGGAUUUGAAUGCACAGAAGAAUCACCCUAGAUUCGGCCAGCGAACCUCCUGGGAGCUCCACGAAGCAGAAAUCACCCAUCAGCUGGAGAGGUACGCAUACAGCAUCGAAGAGUUCAAGGCGCAGCAUGGUUGUGGGGCGAACGAGGAAGCGGUUGUGAAUCAAAGAAAUGGAACGCCUGAUCCGGUGCGAAGCGAAUGGAUCCAUCAAACAAGAAAGGUAGCCGCAUAUGCCACCCACAUUAUGCACGUACUACAUAUCCUUUUGCAUGGAAAAUGGGAUCCAGUCGCUCUUCUGGAGGAUGAUAAUAUGUGGAUCUGCUCACAGUCGUUUCUUGCGGCAACGUCGAAUGCGAUUUCUGCGGCACAUGCCGUCGAAGAGAUUCUAGAUGUAGAUCCCGACCUCUCCUUUAUGCCCUAUCUAUUUGGCAUGUACCUUUUGCAGGGCAGCCUCAUCUUGCUCCUGCUAGCCGACAAGCUGUCUACAGAGACAAACGACGGGGUCAUCAGAGCCUGCGAGACGAUUGUGCGAGCCCACGAAGCUGCGGUAGUCACCCUCAACACCGAAUACCAGCGAAACUUCCGCAAGGUGAUGAUCUCGACCCUGGCCCAAAUCAAAGGCCAUGGUCACGCGCGUGAAAUGACCCCGGCAAAACGCCGCGAGGUGCUUUCUCUGUACCGCUGGACGAGUUUGGGGAAUGGGCUGGCUAUUUGA